UGUUUCCGUACGAGCGUGUUCGACAGCCGCGGAGAAGCUGCAACUCUUUUUCGGUAACAGGAUUCCGGAGCGGGAGCCGCGCAAGACGAGCAACAGCAACAAGAGCAGCGAGGCUAAGGAGAGGACGCGUUUGGCCAAGAAAGCGUCAGAGGUAGAUCCACCGUAACGGUGGACGGGAUUCUCGACGAAGACGACGUCCGAGUAGGUCGUCUGAGUGGGUAGGCUUUCAUCGUGGGCGAACGAGAGGGAGAAAAAACUUCGCCAUGCCGGCAGGUAUUGGCGCUUCGUACAGGUCGUUAGGCGACCUGGGCGAAAAUGUGUACAAAAGCACGACGAUCGUCGACCAAACGCAGACCACCGGGCAGAGCGUCCUCGAGAGUGUCAAGAAGGCUUUCAGUUUCGCCUCACCCAAGGUCGAGCUAAGGAAAAAGGACCCGCUGAUCGAGGACCGCCGUGAGAGCGUCUCGAUCGUUUCAAGGGAAAGAAACAGGAUGCCGACUGCCGCCACAGCCGAGGAAUCAGCUCUUUUGGGCACGAUGCCUUCAGAUAGCAUGGAUGACAUCGAAUUGAAAAAUAUUCAGCUUCAAUUCCCGGCGCUAAGAUACUUGUCCAGAGACGACAAUUCCGUUCGAGAGGAGAGGGUGGAAACGGACAAAGGAAGUCUGCUGGUGGCUGUACAAGGAAAUCGAGCGAAACCUGCCAUUCUCACCUAUCACGACUUAGGCCUUAACUAUAUAUCGAGCUUCCAGGCAUUCUUCAAUUACAUCGACAUGAGAGUUUUACUCGAAAACUUCUGCGUUUACCACGUGAACGCACCAGGUCAAGAAGAAGGUGCUCCAACACUACCUGAGGACUACGUUUAUCCGUCCAUGGACGAGCUAGCUGAACAGCUGCUCUUCGUCCUGGGUCAUUUUGGCCUGAAAUCCGUAAUCGGUUUCGGUGUUGGCGCUGGAGCCAAUAUACUGGCAAGAUUCGCACUUGCUCAUCCUGAGAAGGUCAAUGCCCUAUGCUUGAUAAACUGCGUAUCGACACAAGCAGGUUGGAUCGAGUGGGGUUAUCAGAAGCUGAAUGUUCGCCACCUGAGAUCACAGGGCAUGACCCAAGGUGUAUUGGACUACCUGAUGUGGCAUCAUUUUGGCAGGGGCACGGAGGAAAGGAAUCACGAUCUCGUUCAGGUGUACAAGAAUUAUUUCGAACGUCGUGUGAAUCCAACGAAUCUGGCGUUGUUCAUCGAUAGUUACGUUCGUCGUACAGACCUGAAUAUCACGAGAGAAUUAGAUCCGACGCGUAAGAAGGAAGGUCUUACGCUUGGUGUACCUGUCAUGAAUAUCACAGGUGCUUUGAGCCCGCACGUCGACGACACUGUGACGUUAAAUGGACGAUUAGACCCGGCGAACAGCUCUUGGAUGAAGAUUUCUGAUUGCGGAAUGGUACUGGAGGAACAACCGGGCAAAGUAAGCGAGGCCUUCCGACUGUUUCUGCAGGGCGAAGGAUAUGUGGUGAGAUCCCCGCGGAAGCCCGUGACGCCGACAACACCCGAAGUGGCACCGCUCUCACCGCUGAAAAUGGCUGACUACAGACUGGCCUCCCUCGAGGGAUUAAAUCACGUUUGCAGUAAGAAAAUCGACUGGCCCACCGCGACUAUACACAUCACCGAGAAUCCCAUAUCGGAGGCGGUCGUUUGUUAAAUUUCUUGUCGACAAAUCCUCACCAUUCUCAUUGGUCGUUCACCAACGACAGACCACGCGAGCACGAAAAAUUCACGCGAAUCGAACGUUCAGUUUUUUUUUUAAUUCUUUUUAUUCGAGGUUUCGUCGGGGCAACGAUCAACGACGUGGCUCUAAAACGUUUUUCAAUCUUCGUUUCUACCAUUCGAUCCUUUAAUUUAAUCGUAUUUUUAAUUCCAUCGAUUUAUUUCAAUGUUUCGUUUAUUUCUAUCUAUGACGUUACGUUAAGAUUUGUGCAAGUUAAAGUAGCAUGAUUAUUUUGUAGCAAUUUAUUUCGUAAGAUCUGUUUGUUUCGUGUUUAAGAAUAGUUAAGCUAGCUGGUAGUCCUUAUUUAACGUUUAAGAAGCGUUUUAUCGAUUGGAUGAUACUAAUGUCGAAAGCCGAUUAUUAUCGUUCGCGAAAGACUUCCAACCGUUCAAUAUAAUUCGGAAGGCACGUAUCCACUUUUAAAACCCACGACAAUUUCUCGCGAAUCACCCAACGAUUUUUACUAUUGUUAUCUACGAUAUCUCUUUGUUCAGCGGAACAGCGUAUCUUUUUAAAAAUUUCAACGAACGGACACCAUCGACGGGGUCCUUUUAACAGAUAAACAUUCAGGAUUAUACAAACGUGCAAUUAUCUUCGACUCGUCAAAAAUCCGGCAGCAUCUCAUUCAUAUCGGUACGCGCAGAUUACGAUUCUCGUAUAACGUCAGAGACAACGAAACCGUGGUUUUGCAUAAAAAAAGAAAAACGACUCUAACGAAAAGCAAACCAAGGGGAAAAAUCAUUGUUGUACAAAGUAUGUACGUAGAAUUCGAAUGAAAAAGGGUGUUCAUUGUGCUCACCUAUGAUGCACAUUGCAUACAUUUGUUAUCGAUGAUGAUCAUACGAUUCUAAAAGAAUAUUUCAAGAAACAAAAAAUGAAAAAAAAAAAAUUUGAAGAUGAAGCUAAUAACACGAUUUCGUGUGUGUGUGUGCAGCACUGCAUCGUAGAGAAGCGCGCACUAAUUGCUUUCCGUGUUCAGGAAAACGAUGGUAGGUGACGAAUCGGGUUGUCAAGUUUGGUUGGAAAGACUUGCGCACAUUUGAGAUACUUAUUCGCCGAGCAGGAACACAGCGUGUGGUCUUUUUAGAAAUUUGAACCCGUCCAACAUCGCGCCUACUAAAGUUUUCGUGCAAACAUCGAUAUCGCUUGCGUUCAUCUCGAAUCUGAGACCGACAAGAUAGAUUACACGAUUGAAGGAGCAAGAUUUGAGUAAUGUAGAGAUUUGAAGAAAAAAAAAGAAAAAAGAAGUGACAAGGUAACAGAAAGGUAGGUAUUCGAUGACUUCGCUUAGCCGUUAUCAUCCACAGAACUUUUGAAGUGGUGAAAUGCAAAAAGAUAAAGCCUAAAAGAAAUAAGCAAUUCGGCUGCGCGGAGCGGUCGUUCGUGUUCUCUCGGUAAGAAACUUCUCGUAGGCCUGCACGUGUGAUAUGUGCUUCGUGUUAAAGCAGGAAACUCGUACGAGGAUACCGCGCGCGUUCAAUAAAAUCCUCCGAGCCGAGUUGAAUCCUGCGAAACGUUUCCUCGACGGUAAACAGGGAGGAACGUUGGUUCAUUUGUUUGCGCUCGCGCACCGUUCGCACCCUUUCCUUAGUUCGAGGCGUUUAGAGAUACAUACAUAAUCGAGAGCAUGUGUGCGUGCGUGAGUGCACGAGAAAGAGAGAAAGAUAAGAGGGAAAGAAAGAAGAAACGAAUGUUGUAAGAGUAUGUCUGCAAGAGUAACUUAGAGGAAGGAGGGUCGUAGAUUGUCGUUAAACAAUAAAAAAAAAAGAAAUAAAGAAUGUAAAAGAAAAAAUGAAAAAAAAAAGGGAGUAUCUGGUUCGGUACCUCAGUACGGUUCUACCAGGCUUCUUAAAGCCUUUAGCGUGAUAUGAUAAGACGUGCCUGCUACAUGAUGUCGUACGUAGCUUUCGAAAGUUUCAACGCCUUUAGUUUUCUAUGCGAUUCCCGUACGUCCUGGAUUUUCCCUAUUUUCGCGCGCCCCUUAGAACGAACCGUGCAAUACGCUACAUUCAUGGUAAUAAUCGCCAUUUCCGAUGUGCAACCUUUUUUGUACACAAACCUCUAUAAUCCUGUUAAAGAUCUAUCCGCAAAAUAUAUCAGCAAACAAGGAUAAAUUAUUUCUAUAAAUAUUAAAAGAUCCAACAAAAUUCGGCAACGUAGUACGGCAUUUACGACCAUCAAUGACGUGUACUGUGUGUUUACAUCGAAUGGAAACGGAUGAGGCAAGAAUGAAAGCAAAGGAGAUGCGCGAAAACACGACGAAAGUCACGACAAAAGGACGUAUCGAGGGACGAAAAGGUUUAAUCGUUUCGUGUAAAAGAGAGUUUAUAAACAGAGCGAAUAUAUUAUAGACGUAUACCUAUGGCGCGUUAUUUAGGCCGGCGAAUUGAGACAAAAUAGUAGUCGACAGCUUAGUAUUAGACAAUUUCUGGCGAUUUUCGAUUCGAAAGGAUUGAAGGUAUGCACGCAUUAAUCAUUGCUAAACCGCGAGCGCUAUCCAGAGUAAAGUAGCUUUUAAGGACCACCUAUAAACACACAUAACAUACACACAGAUACCACUACCAUUAACCCCUUCGUUUCCACAUCGCUCUUGGAACUGCAUUAUAGAAACAUUCAAGAACGGAUUAGGUCCACGUUCGAAAUAAGUCACAUUUUACCCCUUCCAUUAAUUGUAUUUGAUUGAACAUAUCGUGGAUAAGUGUGAUACCAGUACCAUUGUACGACCGUUCAACAAUCUAAUCGUAAUCUUUGAUCGUUCAUUGAAGAUUUUCACGAGACGCAUAUCAUUAGCGCGAAUUAAUUUACGAAUUCGAUUGAUUAUAAUUGAAAAAUCAAAAGAUGGAAAGCCGGCUAUCGAUGAUGGUUUGAUCGUAGAAUUCUGUGUAUAUCUAUCGUGUCUCUAUUUUAAUUGAGAUACUAACGGUGAUUGAAUGUCUAUAACGCUCUAAAAGGUCGGAAAAAAAUUGACGUUGCUGAUGGUUACGAAGGGUUUAAAGAAUUCAUUAGCACACGAUCGAUCACAAAAUCGGCAUCAAACGCCACUACAAUCUCGCGGGUGGAUAACGAUGUUUCCUUGAGGUGCUAUAACGUGAAGAUUUUUGCCUUCGUUUGCAAAUCUUACGAUCCCUCGCGCAGUAUCAUCAGAUAGAUUGUAGCGGAAAUAUGUUAUUGACAACAACUCAAAGUAAAAACAAGGUAUAGUACAGUAAGCGAAGUAAACUUAGACGGAGCUUGAGUAUAUAUAUAUAUAUAUAUAUAUACAUAUAAAUAUACAGGUUAAACAACACGUGCGCACCGAAUAUACAUCUUGUUAUUUAUAAUAAACGAGUAUAAAAAUGAA